GGCACACCCUGCUCCCGUCCCGCUCUCGCUGUGUGGUGUGUGCAACACACGCUGGUUGGUGGGACUCCCUCUCUCUCCAGAGAAGAAAAUGCGAAAAAAAGGCCGGCGCGUUGAACAACAACAACAAACAACGGAAACCACAACAGCAACAUCAUCAGCGAUGAACCCCAGACCAACCAAACGUUCCCCGCUUCCUCCGCCGUCGCCAACAGCAGUAUGUGUGUGUGUCCCGCCCCCCUUGUCCAUGUUCCCUGUCUCUGUGUAGUGCGUGUCUUGCCAGUAGCAGGAGCAAUGUGUGCAGCACGGCAGUGCGUCGUGGUUUCUUGCGUGCGUGUAGUUUGUUGCCCAGAGAAUAACGAGAAUGACGACGCCUCCCGGGGAUGCGUCCGUGUCACAUAUAUAUUUGCACCAACGGUGUGCUAUCUCGAGACACCGAGCACGGAUUGUAAAGGUAGCGGUUGGGACAGCUCGGGCAAAAUAUUACUUGUUGUGCGCAAGUUUUAGUUUGCAAUUUGGUGCCGAGAUGGUGAAAUGGGCUCGAGUCUGCUGGGUAUUUAGGGCGCGCAGACAGACAGACACCCGACAGACAGACAGACAGCCAUGGCUAAAUUUUCACGCCC